GAAUUUCAAGCUUGUUUAUGUCUACAUUCAUCUUGAAAUGAAGUCUCGUUUUAAUGAUCCUAUCUCGACGACCACAGCACAGCCUCAAAGAAAGCCACGUAUAAUAAAAAAAGUACAUCAACAAAUGGUCAAAUCAAACACUUGCACACAAAUCUCCUUUCUCUUUCUUUUUCUCUCUCUCUCCCAAAAGUUGAACUUUCCAGUUUCAGUUUCCACUUUACCAUUUUCACAUUCCCAUAAUCUUCACUAACAAACACCAUCCGAAUCCGAUCUAGGGUUUCUCACUCCAUGGACAAAUCAAAGCUAGCUCAAUUCGGCGAGAGGCUCAAAACCAGCAGCGCCAACAUGAGUCGAAUCGUAAGCGGCAAAAUGAAAGAAAUUCUCCAAACUCCAACACCUGAAUCCAAAAUUGUCGACGAAGCAACAUCCGAAACUUUAUCUGAACCAAAUUGGGGUAUGAAUCUCAGAAUCUGCGGCCUUAUUAAUGCCGAAGAGUUUAACGGUUCUGAAAUAGUGAAAGCUAUUAAGAGAAAGAUCAAUCAUAAGAGUCCUAUUGUUCAGAAACAUAGCCUUGAUUUGUUGGAGACUUGUGCUAUGAAUUGUGAUAAAGUGUUUUCGGAAAUUGCUUCUGAGAAGGUUCUUGAUGAUAUGGUUAGGUUGAUUGAGAAUAAUCAGGGUGAUGGUGGGAAUAGAAGAAGGGCGUUUCAGUUGGUUAGAGCUUGGGGUGAGUCUCAGGACAUUGCUUAUCUUCCUGUUUUCAGUCAGACUUAUAUGAGUUUGAAAGGAAGGGGUGAAUCACUUGACAUGACGACAGGAAAUUCACCACCUAUUCCGUAUGCCUCAGAGUCAAGUGCUUAUCAACAUCCUUUAGAUCCCCCUGAAAGAUACCCAGUUCCAGAAGCAGGGCUACAUGCUCUUGCUCUGGACGACUCGGCAGCUUUCUUUUCUGAUCACCAACCAGCAUCAGCUGAAGAGAAGAAAGAGCAUCUUGUGGUUGCUCGAAACAGUCUUGAAUUGCUCUCUAGCAUAUUAAAUUCUGAGGCAGAGCCAAAACCUUUAAAGGAAGAUUUAACUUUGAGUCUGCUGGAUAAGUGCAAGCAAUCACUCUUUCUUAUCAAGGAGAUUGUGGAAAGCACCGCAAAUGACGAAGAGACACUUUUUGAGGCUUUAUAUCUCAAUGAUGAGCUGCAGCAGUUGGUUUCUAAGUAUGAAGAGUUGGAAGCUUCAAGUUCAGAGGCACAAAGUGUUGACACUGCAGGGCACGAUGCAGAAGCUGUUCAAAACCCCACCGAAAGGCGUGAAGUGGAAGCUGUUCAAAAUCCCACUGAACGGCGUGAAGUGGAAGCUGUUCAAAAUCCCACCGAAAGGCGUGAAGGUGAUGAGUCCGAAGAGCUGUCAGAAGCUGCUCAGAGUCUUGAUCGAAAGCUGCCUCAAAAGUCAAACACCUGUGAAGUCGUUGUCGAUGCAACCGAGGGGGUUAGUCAUGUUGAAACCAAAAUAGUGGAUAGCACGAAAGAGAAGAAUGUUGAACCUAGCCUCAAGACUAAUACCGAAUGAGAAAAGCGAAGGUUGCGUGUUUCAUUGUUUCUUCUUGCUUUAUAUUUUGUUGCUGUCCAUAUUGUGUAGGCGUGUAAUAUUUUUAACCUAUAGUUCCUUCUAUAAGGGUGAUUAUAUCCCGAGGAUUGUGAUAUUUAAUCCUUGUGAGAUUAUUGUAAUUCAUCAUAAUGUUAAUGUGGUCUUUUCCUUAAAAA